UCCCUGUAUGAUGGAAGGAGGAGGAGGAGCAGCUGAUGUGAAAAACAACUCUGAACACCAGUAUUGAUACUGGAGAAAGAGCCAGAUACACAGCACAGGCAAGAUGCUCUUCCAUCUAUUGAUCCUAAUGCUGGGCUGCCAGCUCAUCUGCAGCACACCAGCUCCAACAAAUGAUAUUCCAGAGGAGACGCCAGCACCACCAGACCACACAGAAGCCAGAGGACUCAACAACUCUCUACAUUGAACCAGAGGAGGUCAAUUUGGCACAGCCUGUGAUCAGCAUCAGUGAGAGAGUCCAGGCCCAAGCCCGUGAGAAGAAGGACCUUGGCACAUUAGGUUAUGUCCUUGGCAUCUUGAUGGUGGUGAUAAUUAUAGCCAUUGGCAGCGGCAUUGUGGUUGAUACGUAUACAAGAGGGGUAGAGAUCUGAAGAAGCAGCGUGACCAGCAAGCAGAAGAAAGGCGGCAACAGCGGAUCAAUUUGCCCCUCUCUGCAUUCUUAAAUCCAACAUGUGACCAUUAUAGACGA